AUGCUCUUCAGUGAGAUCAGUUUAGCCAUGUUUCAAGUUAUCGAUCAGUCUUUCAUACAGCGAAUGUUAAAGAGAUUGAAGUCGGGUGACACCAAGAAGAUGGCAAGUGACUGCAGUUGUGGAGGUGUGAGAGUAAUGGCCUCUCUCCACGACGCACGGCCCGCUCUUGUCCACUCCGAUCAGCGCUGUCCACGGCCUCCCUGCCUGACCUACAUCCACCCUCUGCUGCUGGCUGAGGCUGAGUGA